AUGACUUUAAUGGGAGGUAUCUUUAAUAGAUCACCGAAAAACGAAUCUAACUAUAUUGAAGAACUUUCCAAAGACGUGGAAAGUCUUAGAUUUGGUCCCGCUCCAUCGACCCCUAACAAAAUAAGCCAAGCUACCAACAAUUCUUUUAUGUCAAUUUGCAGCAACUCUCCGGGAUCCUCCCCCAAGCGCAAUAAGGUCAUUUUCAACAAGGAGAACACUGCUCCUUCUACUCCAAGCAGACAUAGUAUGAUUCCCCAGCUUUAUACUACUCCUAAGACCGUCACUCAUCAACAAUUCCGUUCUCCUGGAAGAAUUGGCAGAGAGUUCUAUAAAAAGGCCAACAGUCCGAAAACUAAGCGUUUAGUUACCGUUUGCCAGAUGUAUUUCUUGGAUUAUUACUGUGAUCUGUUUGAUUACGUGAUCAGCAGAAGAGAUCGGAUUAAGCAGGUUGAAGAGAUUCUGGAUGGACUUCCAUUUCAAGAAAGAUCAUUACAAUGGAACAACUAUGUUGGAAGAGAGAGAGCUUUCCUGCGAAAAAAGAGGACUAAGCCAAGAAAUAAGGACUUCCAUAUAGUCACUCAGGUUGGUCAAGGUGGAUACGGACAGGUUUUCCUUGCCAAGAAGAAAGAUACCAAGGAGAUAUGUGCUUUGAAAGUGUUGAAUAAAAAGCUACUGACCAGAACAGACGAGACCCGUCACGUAUUGACAGAGAGAGACAUUUUGACCAAUACACGGUCAGAAUGGUUAGUCAAGUUGUUUUAUGCUUUUCAGGACACAGAUAAUGUCUACAUGGCGAUGGAAUUCGUUCCAGGAGGAGAUUUUAGGACUUUGUUGAAUAACGCAGGUUAUUUGAUUCCACAGCAUGCCAGAUUCUAUGUCAGCGAGAUGUUUGCAGCAGUCAAUUCACUCCAUCAGUUGGGUUACACUCAUCGAGAUUUGAAGCCUGAGAACUUCUUGAUCGAUGCCAAAGGUCAUAUUAAGUUAACUGAUUUUGGAUUGGCAGCCGGUUCCAUUUCCACGGAUAGAAUUGAAAGCAUGAAGAUGAGAUUGAACCUGGUGAAAGAUCUGGAGUAUAGACCAACAGAGCGAACCAUGAGAGAACGGCAAGAGCAAUAUAGAUCACUAAGGGCCAGAGACAUUCACUAUGCGAAUUCUAUAGUGGGAUCUCCCGAUUAUAUGGCGUUAGAGGUUCUGGAAGGAAAGCCUUAUGACUAUACUGUUGAUUACUGGUCGUUAGGUUGUAUGCUAUUUGAGGCGUUGGUGGGAUACACGCCGUUUUCAGGUGGCAGCUCAGAUGAAACUUACGCAAACUUGAAGAGCUGGAAAGCUGUGUUGAAAAGGCCCAGAUACGAGAACGGAAGAUAUGUGUUUAGCGAUAGAACGUGGCAAUUGAUCACUCGAUUAAUAGCCACGCCUGACGAAAGGUUAAGAACAUUCAAGCAGGUAAUGGCUAUGCCGUACUUUUCAGAUGUCAACUGGGACAAUCUGAGAGAGAGGGUUCCUCCAUUUACUCCUCAAUUGGAUAACGAGGAAGAUGCCGGUUACUUUGACGAUUUCACUUGCGAAGAUGAUAUGGCAAAGUAUAAAGAUGUUAUUGCAAAGAGAGAACGCGACGAGAAAAUAGCACAGAGUAGUAUCAAGGCGGAUCAGAAAAGCUUUGUUGGUUUCACAUUCAAGCACAGAGACAAUCCUGGAACCAAUUCCGGAAACAUACUCUCUCCAAUUCUUCUCAAUGGCAGGUCUCAAGGUAACGACUCCGAAUUUGGCCGUUGGAACGAGCCAUUUGGUACUUUAUAUUGA